CUUCGUCGUGGUCAUCGGAGAGUCCCCACAGGCACUGGAGAGUCCCCAACCUUCAUCGUGGUCGUUGGAGAGUCUCCAAUGUUCAUCAUGGUCAUUGGAGAGUCCCCAACCUUCAUCCUGAUCAUUGGAGAGUCCCCAGUCUUCAUCGUGGUCACUGGAGAGUCCCCACAGUUAUUGGAGACUCCUCAACCUUCAUCAUGGUCAUUGGAGAGUCCCCACAGUCAUUGGAGAGUCCCCAACCUUCACCAUGGUCAUUGGAGAGUCCCCACAGUCAUUGGAGAGUCCUCAACCUUCAUCAUCAUCAUUGGAGAGUCCCCAACCUUGGUCAUGGUCAAUGGAGAGUCCCCAACCUUCAUCAUCAUCAUCCUCAAGCUCUUGGGCUUCAUCCUCCGCCUUGAAGAGCUUCGAGGAGCCCUUGGCCUUCAUCAGGAGAGUCCUUGGCCUUCAUCAUCCUCCUCAGAGAGCCCUUGGCCUUCAUCAGGAGAGUCCUUGGCCUUCAUCAUCCUCCUCAGAGAGCUCUUGGCCUUCAUCCUUCUUCAUCCUCCUCAGAGAGUCCUUGGCCUUCAUCAGGAGAGUCCUUGGCCUUCAUCCUCCUCCUCAGAGAGCCCUUGGCCUUCAUCAGGAGCCCUUGGCCUUCAUCAUCAUCAUCCUCUCCAUGGAAGAGCCUUUGGCCUUGACCUUCAUCAUCCUGGAAGAGCCUUUGGUCUUGAUCUUCGUCAUCAUCAUGGAAGAGCCCUUGGCCUUCAUCCUCCUCCUGAAGAGCCCUUGACCUUCAUCAUCAUCAUCCUCCUCCUGGAAGAGCCCUUGACCUUCAUCAUCCUCAUGGAAGAGUCUCCUUGGCCUUGACCUUCAUCCUCCUCCUCCUCCUCGGAGCCGCCGCCCUCCGUCCCCUCCCCCGCUGUCACCGAGGCCCCUCCCGCCCCCUCCCCCCACUUUGGGUCCAUUCCCCCCUUUUUUUGGUCCAGUCUUGGUCACUUUGCCCACUUUUUGCUCGUUUUUGGGUCAUUUCCCCAUUUUUCGUUCAUUUCC